UUCUACACUCAAGACUACAAACGACGAAGGGAGCAAGCAAGAACAGCUUCUUCAAAUUCUUCAUAAGAAAACAACAGAGAAGGAUUGGAUUGAAAAUGGCAACGAAUUCAAUCUCUGCAACAAUAUUACCUUCUUUUACAAUACCCAUUUCUUCCAAUCCAAAGUUGUCUUCUUUCUCUUGUUCUUUACCCUCUAAAGUUAGUACCUUUAAGCUUAGUACUGCCGUACAGCCCUCGAUUUCUGCAUCAACUAGGGUCUUUGCUGCUCCUGAAACCUUAGAUGGAACUGAAACUUCAUCUCCUGAGGUUGAAGGUUCUGAGGCACUUAGUCCCUCGGUCAGCACAGAUGCAGACAAGAUUGCACCGAAGCAAAAGAUCAGAAUCAAACUCAGGUCUUACUGGGUGCCCCUAAUUGAGGACUCCUGCAAGCAGAUAAUGGAUGCUGCAAGGACUACCAAUGCAAAGACCAUGGGUCCUGUGCCAUUACCGACCAAGAAGCGAAUAUACUGUGUUCUCAAAUCCCCACAUGUACACAAGGAUGCUAGAUUCCAUUUUGAGAUCCGAACUCACCAACGCCUUAUUGAUAUUUUAUACCCAACUGCUCAAACUAUCGAUUCUUUGAUGCAACUCGAUCUUCCUGCAGGAGUUGAUGUAGAGGUCAAGCUCUAAAGAAGCAGUGCUGCAGCAUAAGUAAACUUCUUGAAUUUUCUAUAAUUUUUGAUGUAUUUCCAUUUCACAGUUAGCUAUCAAUUGUAGAUUUGCCUGUUAACCAUGUAAUAGAAAGAGAUAUUUGCUUUUUCUUCUCUUGCUUUCAUUUUAAUGCCAACUUUUUCUUUAUGAA